UGCAAAGACCGCUUCAAUUUGAAUCAGCUUAUAAAAUAGUUAACUAUCAAUUGUCUUGGGAGUUUCAACAGGAUUGGAUAUUAUAGCUAGCUGUUUUCUUAUAGCGAAAUAAAGCAGCAUUAAUAUGAAACCCGUAAUAACUCGUAGAUUUACGAUGAGAAUUCUUCGAAUCUCUCUGGUUAUUGUCAAAAAUGAGAAUAAAGUUCUGCUUGGUUUAUGCAAACGUGGAUUUAAUAAAGAUAAAUACUGCGUUCCUGGAGGUGUCCUACAACCUAAAGAAGAUUUGCAGUCCUGCGCUAUUAAGAACCCUAAAGAGCAGUGUGGUAUCACAAUAGAGAAGUUAGAGAAAGUUGGAAAAAUAGAAGUUAAAUUUGCAGGUGUCCAAGAACUGCUUCAGUUCCACAUAUUUAUGUCUGACUCAUACUCAGGAGACAUUAAAGAAACUAAAGAAAUGACACCUGAAUGGUUCCCAUUGAGUGACGUUCCGUAUGACAAAAUGUGGCAAGAUAUGACAGUCUGGUUACCUCAUGUACUUAAAGGAAAGAAAGUCAAAGCAUUCUUUAUUUACCAAAACGAGGAGCUUAUUUAUCAAGAUUUAACAACAGAAGCUAAUUUUGGGCCUAGGACAUCCUCCAGUGUUGCAAUAGUAUAAGUAAAAAUUAAAGUAAAAGCAUGAGUUAAAAUAAUAUGGAUGACAGAAAUUUACUUGACAAAAUAUUUCAUCAUUCAAGAUCUAUUCGAUUUGAUUUAUUUUGAAGUACUGAAAAACAAUGAAAAUUCAAAAGGUCCAAAGCAUCCUUUUUUACUACAGAGAGGCAUUUGCAAGAAAAUAAGGCAGUAUAAGCAUUACAUCUUCCCAAUAAAGAGUUAUUUUGUUUCUGAUAGU